AUUCUGUUGCUGUUCUUAUCUGUCAGUUGGAUAGCCUCUCAAUUUGUCGCGUAAAGUAUCGUGACAGGGAACGUUAUUAAUCACUGGGAUAUGACUUGGGAGAACUAGGGACUGCCGCCAUUACAAACAAGAAACAGAAUGAUAGCGCUUACAUUUGCAAGUUUGUUGUUACCGACAUGCUUUUGUCAGCAGAUGGGAGGAACGUGGAAUGGUGGAGCUGGAGGUGGUGGUGCAGCUGAAGGUGGAGCAGGAGGUUCAUGGAAUCCACAGGCAGGCGGGGGUGGAAUGGGAGGAGCCGGAAUGGGAUUUGGAGGACCAAAUUAUGGUCCAGUUCCUCCAGAAUUCGCAGCUGCUAUGAGUGGUGGCUUUAAUACUCAACCACCACCGAUACCGCAAGGUAUGAUGGGUGGUAGUGGAGCAAUGAUGGGGCAUGGAAUGGGAGGUCAAGGUAUGAUGGGUCAUAGUACUGGAAUGAUGGGCGGACAUGGUAUGAUGGGAGGUCAUUAUCCAAUGUAUCCAGGUAUGAUGGGUAAUGGAAUGAUGGGACCACCACCACAGGGAGCUGCAGGUGGCCAACAGACAGGCAAGAAACCAACAACGAAAGCACCUGCUGUGGAAUAUGAAGCACCAGAACAUCCUAUCACUACAAAAUCGCCUACAAAUAAAAUAAAUGCUGCUUGGCAGAAAAUGAAGCAAGGGCACGGAAGUGGAGCAGCCAUAUCAGCACCAGGUCAAGUCCCAGGUGCCGGUCAUGGACAUGGACCACACCAAGGCAUGCCAGAUCAACAGUUCCAACAAAAUGCAAUGCGUCACCAACAAAUGCAACAACAAAUGCAUAGACAAUAUCAAAUGCAGAUGCAGAAUAGUAACAAGCAACCAACUAAAAGACAACAACAACCACAAUCUCAACAACAACCUCAAAACAAUGAACCACAACCAAGUUAUUCACAACAACAAAAAAUAGGAAUAAUGGCAAGAUUUAGUAACUCUAUGAAUCAAAUGAUGUCAACUUUCAAUUCUAUUCGUACAAGCUUAGGAAAGCUUAUAAGUACAUUGUCCAAAUUUGUAAAGUUACAGUAGUGUAUAAGUACCCUGUCUCUUAGUGUGCGUGCAAUAACUGUCUAACUUAUUAGAGAAUCAAAUAAACCUAUUUGUAUUAUGAAAACGAACAAUUCACGGAAUUUCCUGUUAAAAUCUGUGUUUUAUAGAGUUCAAUAUUACUUUUAUGCUAUGCAUGAAGGCACUUGAUGUUUAGCAAACAUCGUUGUGUUUUAAAUGUUGAUCUAUAUUGCAUGGAUUGUUUGGAAAAGAUAGUAAAGACUUAAGGUGGUACCCAACACCUUGACUAAUAUUAAUUUGGCUCGUUUAAUUUUCAUAAAAUUUUGACAAAAUGUUUACUUUGACCCUUUGACAAAAAUAUAAAAAUUUCAAAAAAUUUGAAUCAACCACUUUAUCAGAAAAAUUUCAUUGGUUAUAUAGCAGUUUGACAAACACUAAUUUUGAUCAUUGAGAAGCUUAAUAUUUCCUUAACAAUACAACGUAUUUAAAACGUUUAGCUGAUUUUUACAGAGUUAUCUCCCUGUAGUGUUAGGUACCACCUUAACAUGGUUGGCAUCAGUAAUAUGUAAAUGACUUUUAACUUUGAAACUGAAUUACUUUAGAACGUCAAAUUGUUGGUCUUUACCUGAAUUGGAUUUCAUUUGAUGAUUAAACAAUUCGCUUAUA